GAGAGAGAGAGAGACUCCCUCUCUCUCUCUCUUCCUAGCUGAUGGACUCUCUCGUUGCUGAUCUCUCCUUACCUGGAUGCCUGUCCUCAGUGGGUUGAUCCGCUCGGCUUGCCAGAACAUUUGGUCUGCUUAAUCCCCCUCUGACGCCCACGUUUGAGGGGCCAAGAGGCAAAAGGAGAAGAAGGGAGGGGGAAAAAAUGACCGGGGAGCAAAUAAACAAAUGAGUAGCAGCUCUGGAAUGAAACAUUGACUAAUUCUGGGCUUGACCUUCCAUGGCAGAAUGAAUCAGUAAAGUCAACAACCUGCCAAACCCCACCAGUUCCUGGUCAUACCAAAUUGCUGAUCCCUUCCAUAUCUCUUGAUAGCUGAAAGAAGUCAAACAGAUGAUAAGGCAGUGCUGAGAUUUUUUUAAAAGUACCAAACAAUGGUUCUCUGGGAGGAUACCAUUCCUAAUUGACAACAACGCCAGCAGAGAGCUUUCUCAGAAUUGUGGCAUUUUUAUUGUACAUCAAGACAGUCUCCAAAGGAGAAGCUAUGCUUGUGUAGCUAACAGCACAAAUUGGACAACUAAAAAAAAAGAAAUAGCAUAUAGUACGUUAGAGUAUAAAAACCACACACUGUGCUAAAUAUAUCUAGACAUAUAGACUCAAAAUGGAUGAUGGCCAAAGAAACAAAGUGAACCAAGUUUCCGAUGAUUAUCGGUACCAAGAUGGCGGCUAUGGAGGUUAUGCUCCCAAUGAUGGAUAUUAUCAAAGUGGGGAGGAGCCUGGUCAAGAGGAAGAUGCUCAAAGUGAUGCUACUGAAGGGCACGAUGAAGAUGAUGAAGUCUAUGAAGGAGAGUACCAGGGCAUCCCUCACCCAGACGACCUCAAGAAGCAGAAGAAGAAGAAAGCCCCAGAGGUGGCUGAUGAGUUCAGAGACCAUGCCGACCUCAUGGCGGAGAAGAUGGAGGAUGAGGAGCAGCUGGCCCACCAGUACGAAAACAUCAUUGAGGAAUGCGGUCAUGGACGCUUCCAAUGGAUGCUGUUUACUGUCCUCGGCUUGGCACUGAUGGCAGAUGGGGUGGAGGUCUUUGUGGUUGGCUUCGUUCUACCCAGUGCUGAGAAGGAUAUGUGCUUGUCACGCUCCAACAAAGGAAUGCUAGGACUGAUUGUUUACCUGGGCAUGAUGCUGGGGGCUAUUAUGUGGGGUGGCCUGGCAGACAAACUGGGCCGGAAGAAAUGCCUCAUCCUGUCUCUCUCCAUCAAUGCAUCUUUUGCAUUCCUGUCCUCGUUUGUACAAGGAUAUGGAUUCUUCCUCUUCUGUCGCCUUAUCUCUGGUUUCGGAAUUGGAGGGACUCUCCCCAUUGUCUUUGCCUAUUUCUCCGAAUUCCUGUCUCGUGAGAAGAGAGGGGAGCAUCUGAGCUGGCUCUGCAUGUUCUGGAUGAUUGGAGCCCUCUACGCCUCCAUCAUGGCCUGGAGCAUCAUCCCGCAUUACGGAUGGGGCUUCAGUAUGGGGACCAGCUACCACUUCCACAGCUGGAGAGUUUUCGUGGUUGUCUGCUCUCUGCCCUGCAUCGCAUCUCUGAUUGCCCUGAAGUUCAUGCCAGAAAGCCCACGGUUUUUGCUGGAGAUAGGCAAGCACGACGAAGCCUGGAUGAUCCUCAAGCAAGUCCAUGACACUAACAUGAGGGCCAAAGGCGAGCCAGAGAGGGUGUUUACGGUAGCCAACAUAAAAACUCCAAAGCAGAUAGACGAAUUCAUUGAAAUACAGUGUUCUACAGGGAAGUGGUACCAGCGUUCUUUUGUUAGAGUGACAACCACUCUCAAACAGGUUAUGGACAAUGUAAUAUACUGUUUGACAGCCCAGUACAGAUUGAACACGCUGUUCCUGGCAAUUGUGUGGUUCUCAAUGGCCUUAAGUUACUAUGGCCUUAUCGUCUGGUUCCCUGACAUGAUACGGUACUACCAAGAGGAAGAGUAUAAGUCCCGCGAGAAAGUCUUUAAUGGGGAAUCAGUGAAGGAUAUCACCUUCAACUUCACCUUGGAAAAUCAAAUCCACCGGAAUGGGACAUAUUUCAAUGACAAGUUCAUCAAAAUGAAGUUCCGAGAUGUGACUUUUGAGGACUCUGUGUUUGAGGAAUGCUACUUUGAAGAUGUGACAUCGAGCGAUACCUUUUUCAAGAACUGCAGCAUUAUAAAAACUGUCUUCUUUAACACAGACCUCUACAAGCAUAAAUUUGUCGAAUGCAAGUUUGUAAAUGCCACCUUCUUGGAGCAGAAGAAGGGCUGCCACAUGGAUUUUGAGAGGGACAACGACUUUCUGGUUUACCUCGUCGGCUUCUUAGGCAGCCUCUCGGUCUUGCCAGGCAACAUUAUCUCAGCCCUGCUGAUGGACAAAAUAGGUCGGAUCAAGAUGAUUGGGGGUUCCAUGCUGAUCUCUGCCGUGUGCUGCUUCUUCCUGUUUUUUGGCAACAGUGAGUCGGCCAUGAUUGGCUGGCAGUGCCUAUUUUGUGGUACCAGCAUUGCUGCCUGGAAUGCCCUGGAUGUGAUCACUGUGGAGCUGUACCCCACACAUAAAAGAGCCACAGCCUUUGGCAUCCUCAACGGGCUCUGCAAAAUUGGGGCCAUCUUCGGGAACGCUAUCUUUGCCUCCUUUGUUGGGAUAACCAAAGUGGUCCCCAUCCUCCUGGCAUCCUCCGCUCUGGUGGCAGGGGGCCUCCUUGCCCUGAGGCUGCCAGAGACUCGCGACCAAGUCCUGAUGUGAGCCGCCCAAAGGGACAAAGGAAACGUCAACAGACAGGGACGAGAUGCAUUUAGAAGAAAAUCGGGAAAAAGCCUGUCAAUAUUUCUCUGCCGAUACCUCAGAUCUGAGGAGGGAGGGGGAGGAAGAGGCACCCCGCUGAGAUAACGUUAACCCCUUAGUUCUAGGACUGUUGUGAAGUGGUGAUGGAGCCCGCUUGUCUAGGGCUGCACCCGCACGCGCACACCCUGAGCUUUGCUCAUUGCUUCCAAGCUAUCACUUGUUAGGGGGUGAAGCCCCAUUUCCCCUCUGAAUGUGUGUGAACAUCUCAGGCACUAAACCAGUAACAGCAGAAGAAGCUGCCUCGUGAUUGUGCAUGUUUGUCUAGAUGUGUGCAUUGUGGACGGGUGGCACUGGGAAGUGAGCCAUUCCUCACACAAGUGACCCUCCCAGAGCUCAGCUGAAUGGCUUGAUGUCUACAUUUCUAUAGCUUUCCGGGCAAUUAGCAAAAAGAAAAGGGGGGGGAUAAAUAUAGUUUUAAAACUGAAGCCCAUUCACCAAUGGUAGCUGGUCCUCAAGAGAGAUCACAAACCAGAUGGUUUAUUCAGGGGCAAGGCUACCCUUUUGGGGAGCCAACAGCCAUUGACUUACAUUUUGCGGAGGGCGGCCUCAUAUUUCGAGAACUGAGACGCCCAACAUAGCUUGUUGUGUUUCCACAAGGAAAGCCGCUGAUCCUUUCAUACAUCAGACCUCCAAGUUGUCUAAAGCAACCAUCACCACCUCUCUCUCAUAGGUAUGCAAGGGAAUUUGUAGGAGAUUCUGCACACACACUUUCCAUUUCAUUCUCAUCAAGCAGUUUUCAAAA